CAUCAAAGAUAUCCGCCAUGGUCAGAUAUGCUGACGUCUCCGCCCAACUACUCUCCUUCCGACGUACCAGUUGGACAUACACCGUUUCAUGUUCCUCGACAGUUUCCCUCUGAGGGUCUGUCUAUGGGCAGUCACAGGCGGGGUAGUUCAUCUGGCCUCGUGUCGGUAAAGGAGAGUAUGGGGCAUUGGCCAUCUGCAGGCAGUGAAUCAGCCAAGUCACAGAGUCCGUUAGCGAACUUCGGUUUCUUCAAAAGCUUGACCAGCGAUAAGAAGACUACUAGAGAUGGACAAACACCCAAGCGGAGGGGUCCCAAACCUGAUAGUAAACCCGCCUUGACUCGGAGGCAGGAACUGAAUCGGCAAGCUCAGAGGACGCAUCGAGAACGUAAAGAGAUGUACAUCAAAGCUCUGGAGCAAGAAGUACUUCGCCUAAAAGAUACCUUCGGUACCACUGCUAGGGAACGAGACGCUAUGGCGGAAGAGAAUCGAAGACUAAAGGAAAUCCUUAUCGCGCACGGCAUCUCAUUCGACUUAUCUAGCCCAGGUACGGCUGGCUUCGGCAGAGUUGGUAGUUCCAACUACGGUAGUAGCUCAACCGGUAGCAUUUCCGGCAGCUACGGACCCGGUUCAAACUCUACCGGCUACACAUCACCUCCGAGCGCGACGCCACAAAAUCAAGGCGUUGGACAGAUGUCCCCCUCACAGCACCCCAGACAACAGCCAAAUAACGGCAUGGACUAUGACCAAGUCGGGAUUGACUUCGUUUUGACUCUCGAGCGACCUUGCAUGGACCACAUGCAGAUGCUGAUGGUGCGUGCCUCCGACUCCGACGCCGACGUAUCCGGCCACGCGCUCAUGGCCACCUGCCCACCCGAGUCGCAUAUUGUGUCCACUCCCAACGACCCAUAUCCGCACCGAAUGCCCGACAUCACGAUGCCAGACCUGCUGAAGCUGCUUGAUCUGAGCAACCGGCUACCGCUGGAUGGCGAGAUUACGCCCAUCAUGGCGUGGGCGAUGAUCAUGAAGCAUGAGCGCUUCUUUGAAAUCACGAGGGAGGAGUUUGAGGCUAUCAAGGGAGACUUGUUGGCGAAGGUCAGGUGUUAUGGAUUCGGCGCUGUUCUCGAGGAAUUCGAGGUUCAUGACGCGCUCAUGGCUGUCUCAGCUGCUAAGAGCAAUGUGAAUAUGAUUAUGCAGUAAUGUCAAUGCGCUGGGAGGAAAAGAGCUCGGACUAAUGCUAAGUCGCUC